CGGUGAGCCAAUCAGUUGUAUCCUGACCGUGGGAGAGAGUGCACGUGCUGGACGAGCAGCGCAUUCUUCUCGCACCCGGCUUUAUUUGUCAGGUGGAGAGGCCAGAACAGCCGCUGGAGCCAUGUUGACCAGCAGUAAUGUUUUAUGUCGUGACAACGCAGAGGUCAGGCGGCCAGCUGCACCAGCAAAAGUGCAUAAUGAUAGCUAGGAGUGUGUUUCCUGGCGCCGACGACCAGAAGUCGUGAGGAUAUCCCUAGUGAUCUGUUCGGCGCUCCUACACUCUACGGAUACAGGCUGCUUCAUUAUUACCUGUCUGACUCUCCUACACCUCGCAGAUAAACUAACUGCCCUAUUAUUGCUUGACUGGCUCUUAAGCGCCACGGAUGAACCAGCCACUCUUAUUUCUUUAAUACAUUCCAGUGAGAGGUGAAUAUAUCACAUUAUAUGUCUUGACACUAGUGGAAACCAUUAGAACAGUGUAAACUCUUAAGAUUGCAAAGACGAACGGACCCGAUAGCUAAUGAACUGAUUGUUUUUGUGUGAAGAUUGAGAGGAGACGAAGCAAGGAUGUUGCGAAGUGAAGCACUAUUUAUUAGAGGUGUUCAUCUCUAUGAAUACAUUUUGAGGGAGGCGUGUGAAUAGUGUGGUAGCUUGCUGGAAGAGAGGUGAAGCCUCCAAAGAAACUGACAUUACAAGCAGUGGAUGAUGGCGGUGUAAGGUGGGUCUAGGGUAUCCCUGGGCCCGGCGUGAGGGAUGUGGGCGUGCGGCGUGGGCGUGGGCGGCCAUUAGCCAGGCAGAGCAGUGUGUGUGUGAGGGCAAGUGAACGCCGCCGCCCACCAUGAGUACGGGUAAUGUGUCGGAGGUGGGGACGGAGCCCCCCGCGCCCGCUGCACCCGGGGCUCUGGCCAAGCUCUCAGGGCUACACGAGUGGCUCUCACUGGAGAACCGUCGAGUGAAGCAGUGGUGGUCGACGCGAUCAGGCACAGACCUGCACAGGAUCUACAUGAACCAGCUACAGGAUACUGACGAGUUGCGUUCGCAGCUGAACGAGCAGCUGCGAGCACUGGAUGGUCGUGUGGAUACACAGACUGCGCUGGUGAAUGAACUACAGGACUGGUUUCGACGUCGUGCUGAGCUGCAUCAGGAUUAUGCUACAAAGCUUGACAAGUUGGCAAAGUCCCUCCAAGCCAGGCACAAAGAACAAAAGGCAAAACGUGAACAGCUGCAUUUGUUUAGUGUGUACAGUUGUUGGAAUUCCUUAGUAAACCAAACCAGAAAAGAUGCGCGGGACCAGGCUGCCAUGGCUGAUGUCUACCUCAACAAUGUCAUUCCCAGAUUUACCCAAGUUCAAGAUGACGUUCAGAGAAUUUACAAAAGGUGUCGAGAAAUUGGGUACGAGAGUCAUGAGGAGCUUCUUAAAGUACUACACGAGUUGCACACUACUAUGCGCACAUACCACACAUACCAGACGGAGUUCAAAAAUGCGGAAACAAAGCUGCGUAAUUUUGAAGCUCAGAGGAGUAAACUGGAGCAGGCCAUUCCCAAGGAGAAACUGGAGAAGAGCAAGAAGUUCCGGGUCAUUGAAAAGGAGAUUCAGAAAAGGAGUAACAAGUACAUGGAUGCCAAGCUGAAAGCUCUGAAGGCUCGUAAUGAGUAUAUUCUUUCUAUGGAUUCUGCUAAUGCUGCCAUCCAUAAGUACUUUGUGGAGGACCUCUCUGACAUAGUUGAUUGUAUGGACUUUGGAUUUCACAGCAGUAUAGCCAGAGCCCUACUUACUCAUGUCUCUGGGGAGGAGUGCCUCCGAAGGAGCCUGCAAAGUGGUAUGGAUGAUCUCAACAAAUCCAUCAACAACCUUGACUCUCGCUUAGACAAGCAGAGAUUCUUAGAAUUCAACAAUGCAGCCUUCAUGCUUCCUAAGAAAUUUGAGUUCCAAGGGCACAAAGGAGAUGAGUAUGUGGCAGGCACUGUUACGCUGCAGUGCCAGACUCAUGAGGAUUCCAUUACAACCCAGGUGAACCAGGUUGUGGUUAAUCGACAAGUGCAAGAAGAGAUGGAGAAACGUUAUGCUCACCUUGUUUCCAGACUCACUAGCCUCAAAACAGAAUCUGAAGAAACUUGGAAAACUAUAGAGACAGCAGAAAAGACGCUGAUGGAGAUGAUCAACCAACGGGACUACGACUGUGCUCACUAUUUUAUUGAUGAGCCACGCCCUGAUAACAAACAACCAGAGUCUAUGCUCAUCAAAAUGAAGGCUGACAGACAAGAAACAGAAGACUUUUAUCUUAGUAAAUUUCGUGAAUAUACCCUUGGUAGCAACCUGAUCACUCGACUACAGGCUCGGUAUGAACUCAUGCGAAAGGCUCUUGGUGAUGAAACGCAGACCACCUCCUCUCCUACACCGACUAGAAACCUUGUGAACAAACCUCGCCGUCGUCGCAUUGGACGGAAUCCUCUAAUGGGUCAGCCUAAGCUGUUUGGUGGGUCAUUAGAGGAGUACCUGGAGGCAACUGGUCAGGAUAUACCACUCAUCAUGAAGUCUUGCAUUAGGGUCAUCAAUCACUAUGGUUGGUAUUGAUACCUCUUGCAUUAU